ACGCGAGCACAGCGCCGAGGAGGCGAUUGGGCCGGAGCGGUGGCGCCUGGAAGAUGACCCGGCUCUGAGGAGACUUUCGGAGUGCAGCCAUGGCGUGCAGCGGCAGGAGGCCGGAGCACCGCGGGCCCCCGGAGCUGUUUUACAACGAGGACGAGGCCCGGAAGUACACUCACAACUCACGCAUGAUUGAGAUCCAGACACAGAUGUCAGAACGGGCAGUGGAGCUCCUCAGUCUGCCCGAGGACCAGCCCUGCUUCCUGUUGGAUGUUGGUUGUGGUUCUGGGCUCAGUGGUGACUUCAUCUCGGAGCAGGGGCACUACUGGGUGGGCAUCGACAUUAGUGCUGCCAUGCUAGAUGUGGCUGUGGAUCGAGAAGUGGAAGGAGACCUGCUUCGGGGGGACAUGGGUCAGGGCAUCCCCUUCAGGCCGGGCUUAUUUGAUGGUUGUAUUAGCAUUUCUGCUGUGCAGUGGCUCUGCAAUGCUGACCAGAAGACACACAACCCUGCCAAGCGCUUGCACCACUUUUUUUCGUCCCUUUAUUCUGUUCUGGCCCGAGGAGCUCGAGCAGUCUUGCAGCUGUAUCCUGAGAAUGCUGAGCAGUUGGAGCUGAUAACAGCCCAGGCAGUGAAGGCCGGUUUCACUGGGGGUAUGGUGGUGGACUUCCCCAACAGCGCUAAAGCUAAGAAGUUCUUCCUCUGUCUGUUUGCUGGCCCUUCGGGUGUGUUGCCCAAGGGCCUGGGCACUGAGUGUGGAGAUGGGCAAGAGUUGAAAGAGUCCAAAUUCUCCAAUGAAAGGAUCCGGUAUAAGACCGCAAAGGGGAAGUCAGUGAAAAAGAGCCGAGACUGGAUCCUGGAGAAGAAGGAGCGGCGGCGGCGGCAGGGCAGGGAGGUCCGAGCUGAUACACGUUACACUGGCCGCAAGCGGAGGCCACUUUUGAGCAGCUCUUCACAUCCUUUGGAGCCAGUUCAGAGCUUACUCCCUUUGCUGUCCGGCAGCUCCAGCUUGUCUCUUGUUUGUCUGCCACAAUCCAGCCUUGGCUGUAGGCUGACCUGCUGCUGCUACUAUCUGACUCCCAGGAGAGCAAGUCAGAGCCCUCUGUUGGUUUUGGGGCCACAGAGCUGGGCCCCCCCAGUUUGCAACACUCUGUUUGUGCCUUAACUUUGCUGACGCAAGGGAUCAUCACGAACUCUUGCAGAUUCUCCAGAAGGGACAGAUUUGGCCAGAGGUCUUGGAAGACCAGAGAUGUAGGGGUGAGGCCUGUGCCUGGCCUGCUCCUGUUCUCCGGGCUUUUUGUUUGGAGGAGCCUGCCCAACAGUGAGGUGACAUCAUGGGCGUCAGGGAGGGCCCUCCAAAAAAAAGACUUAAAGACUUAAGAUUAUUUCAUCGUGUUUUUGAAUAAAGUAAAACUUGCAGAAGUGAA